GGCUCGGCGAGGGCCCCAUGAUUUAUUCAGCAGUGGAUCGGGGCACGCAAGCGAGCUGUCAAGAAAGCGUCAGCUUAUUAGGCAAGUGCUGCGUGAUUCCAGAAGAGGGUCUAAGCUAUAAAAAUCACGCGCCCCGGCGCUGAUUAGGAGGGAAUCUGAUCGCAAGGUGGGGAGGAGACGGCACCGACCGAGUGACAGCGGGACCUCCGAGCCCCCCCGUCCUGACAGACUCCCCCUGCCCUACUCUCCGGCAGCGGCAGCUCCCAGAUCUGGGCGUGGAACAUGAAGCUCCAGCUGUUGGUCUCCACAGGGAUCCUGCUGGUCGCGCUCCUGCCCUGCCAUGAAUGCAGAGCCGUCGGCAAGAGCCCCGCCGCAGCCUCCAGCGCUCCGCUGCCGCCAGCUUUCUUCCAGCUGCCCCCCAGCCUGCCCGUGCUGCUCCGCAUGGGGGAAGAGUAUUUCUUGCGGCUGGGCAACCUCAACAAGCCCCCCGCCCCCACCUUCCUCGCCUCCAGCAGCAGCAGCCACCUACCGCCGGGCGCCUCCGCCACCAACUUUUUCCGAGCGGCUGUGCAGCUCCCAGAGCGCUCGCUGGAGAGUCCCGCGGAGGGGGAAGCCGAGAGCCUGUCCCGGGAGGCGAUGGAGAGGGAGAAGCGAUCCGAGGAGCCCCCGAUCUCCCUGGAUCUGACUUUCCACCUCCUCCGAGAAGUCUUGGAAAUGGCCCGCGCCGAACAGUUAGCGCAGCAAGCUCACAGCAACAGGAAACUGAUGGAGAUAAUCGGGAAGUGAAGCGGCCUCGCCUUGCCAAAGAGAUUUUGCGGUUAGCACAAAAUCACACCGUGUUAUGUACCAUAGUGCUGCUCUGAUGCCAUCCCUUUAUUUUUAUAGAGCUUUACCCAUAGAGGGUGUACACUGCACAGAGCCCGUGUCCCUAGGUUAGCAUGCACAGCCCCGUGUUCCAGUGCAGUCACGAGAAAAGUGUCCUGUGUAACGUACCCACCUUUAUUUUCCCAUGGCAGAGCUAUUCUAGUGACAUCGCUACUUUGGAUGGGCGCCGCUCGGAAGAAAGGUCCCAAAGAAGCCGUCGGCCAGGAGAGAGACUUCUCUUGUGGGAAAAGGUGUGCGGGAGGAGGGAGGAAAGGGGGAAUCUCUGUAAGCUACUGCGACUCAACUUUUUCCUGUACCAUUUCCGUAAUAAAGCAUCUUUUCAGCGCUCGGUCAAUUUUGUUGUGUAAGAGAAUGUUUAAUAUUUAUAUUUUUAAUAAAAGCUGCAAAGGAACGAU